AUGACUGUCACCUACACGGCCAGGGUGGCAAACGCCCGCUUCUGCGGCUUCUCCAAGCUGCUGCUUGCCUGGAAAGGAAGCAUCUACAAAGUUCUGUACAAGGAAUUUGUUGCCUUUUUUGUCAUGUACGCAUCAAUCAGCAUCACUUACAGAUUUUUCCUCUUUGAUGACCAGAAAAGAUAUUUUGAAAAGCUGGCAAUUUAUUGCAACCAUUAUGCGAGUCUCAUCCCCAUGUCCUUUGUCCUGGGUUUCUACGUGACCCUAGUGGUGAACCGCUGGUGGAGCCAGUACACCAGCAUCCCGCUGCCCGACAGCCUCAUGUGCGUCCUGUCGGGGAGCCUCCAGGGGACGGACGAGCGAGGACGCCUGCUGAGACGCACACUGAUGCGCUACGCCAGCCUGUCUGCGCUGCUCAUCCUGCGCUCCGUCAGCACGGCCGUCUUCAAACGCUUCCCCACCGUGGACCACGUGGUGGAGGCCGGAUUCAUGACGAGAGAGGAGCGAAAGAAGUUCGAGGGCCUCCGCUCUCCUUACAACAAAUACUGGAUCCCGUGCGUUUGGUUCACCAAUCUGGUUGCAGUGGCUCGCUGCGAGGGAAGAAUCAAAGAUGAGCAUGCGUUCAAACUGCUGCUGGAGGAGCUGAAUGCGUUCAGGGGGAAGUGCAGCAUGCUGUUUCACUACGACAUGAUCAGCGUGCCGCUCGUGUACACUCAGGUCAACCAUGGCAGCAUCCACUAA